GGGGCGGGCGUUGGGUUCGAAUCCGGGCGGGAGCGGGAGGUCAGGCACCGCGAGAGCAGAAGAUGGCCGUGCGGAGGUGCAUCCAGCAGUUGUUCCAGGAGCCUCAGCUUGACGGCGCCAUCACCUUCGAGCGGCCGGGCCCUGUUCUGCGGAGCUGGGGCCGCCCCCCGCGGGAGGACGUGGGCACGCCGCGCGGCGCGGGGCCCCAGCGGGAGCCGAACAGCCCGGGUGGCGGGACGCUGCUGCGCCGAGGGCUCCGGCUGGAGGAGUGCGCCCUCUUCCACUGCCGGGGCUGCCGCGCCGUGCUGGGCGACUCGCUGCACCUCUGCGCCCAAGAGGACCGUUGCCUGCGGGUCCUCGUCUGCUUCAAAGUCACAAAUGAUGUUGUUUUGGACGAUUCUUUAAUGGUCGGUAUUGAAGGACCCCUUCUAGGAUGUGCUUACUAUGCAUUGUACUGUCAUUCGUGUGGAUUAAUGGUGGGCUUCAGCCUCUAUUCUGCCUUUGCUGCCCUGGUUCAUCUGCGAGGCCUCUUUUGUCUUUUCAAGGACAACAUCCUCUGUUAUCGCUUAAAAACUAAAGCCAUGAUAGAGGCCUCUGAGAUGAACUUUCCUGCUUUGAGCCUAAAGGAACACCUGGGAAAACUGAAAGAACAACUUGUGGGGGUCCAUGUGCGCCUAGAGUUACUGAUUAAGAAGAUGGAAGAACUGAACCAACAGAUCACCAUGGCUGACAAGCAGGGCUAUGCAUCAAGGACAGUUGGCCUAAAGCUAGGGUUUGCAGGAAUCAAGUCAAGCAAUUAAUAUGCCGUCACAGAAUAUGGAGCCAUUUGUGUAUCAUUGCAGGUUUCUUCACUGAGGUGAACAAAGUGGUUUGAAAUCACCACCACCCUGAAAAAUGUCAGAGAACGCUAAUUUGCCACUUUGUUUUAUGUGUGAAAAGCUUUUGCUGAAAUAUAGCUCAGACUGGUGAAGUGGACUGGAUUUUUGAGGAGCAAUAAACUGUUUCCUCCUUCUGAGACUUCAAAACAAAUACCUCAUCCUUGCAGCACUUCCACUCUUGGAGGUGUAAUACAGCUUCUACUGUGGUUCUUCCUGAGCAAUAUAUGGUUUAAAAAACAGCUGUUGGAAACUAAGAUUUUAAGUUCCUGAGAGUGAUUCAAAAUAUGCUACCAUGUGAUGUUACUCAAGAUCAACCAUUAUACGAUGUUCUUAGUGGGGGCUGAAACCCUGGUAUCAUCUCUUCAUGUAGAGGAAAUGUUCACAGGAGCUAGGCCUUGAUCCAGAUGUCUUCCUGUUGAGUCUUGAAUGGGUUCUUUCUCUUGCUGUGAAAUUUUUUUUUAUUUAUUUAGUAUGUGUGAGAAAGAGUGAGAGGGCUCUUCUUCCUCCCUGGCUGUGGGGGUAGAAGCUUCUCUCUAUACCUGGGAAGAUGAAAUGAUCUUCCCUUUUUACUCCCCCUCCAUAGAAGGCAUACUUAUGUUUUAAAGCCUCAAUAUGUUGGGAAAUUAUGCCUGAAAUUUUGUAUCAGGCAUAGAGGGGAAAGUACUUACAUGCUCAUUUUAAUUCCAUUGAUAAGUGAUCCCCCCGCCCCCCUUACCUCCAUGCCCUGAGCAAAAGACUACAAUCAGUAUUGGUUCUGGCCUGAGUUGCUGAUCUCAGCAACCCUAGUACCUCAUGCUUUUUCAGUUAGUGGUUUGUUUGAUUUUUCUCAAAUCUGAGCUAUGUAGGGAAAAUGCAAACUUCUAAAUGAGAGAAGCGAGUCUGGGACUGCUGGAAAAUAGCCCACUCCAUGAUACUAGAAUGGUCUGGAUCAGCAGCUAUCACAUAAUAAAUCAUGUGGAGUUUUUUGGUUAAUGAUCAUAGGAAGUCUUAAGUAUCCAUUCUGGUUAUGCCAAAUACUUGGCAAUAACCUAGAAUAGCAACACCUGUGUUUUGAGGUACUCAGACUGAAAUAUGAGAACUUAAUAUCUCCUAAACUAGUGCUAAAUUCAAAUCUUGUAAAUUACUUACUGCAUUUUUAAGCUGUAUAAUUGUGUACGCUCCACAACCAUCACAAGUGCUGAUACUCCAAUAUAUCAUAGCACUUUUCAAUAGUAACAGAAUUAGUAACUAAAGGUGAAGUUGAAAACUAGGUGUUUGAUGUAAACGUGAGAUUUUUGUAUAAGUAUUUUGUGUAUCAACCGAUUUGUUUGAGACCAGAUAGGUGCAGUAAUCUCUUUUAUUGGACCAACUUCUGCUGGUGGAAGGUACAAGCUUUCAAGCUACACCGAGCUCUUCUUCAGCUCGGUGUAGCUUAAAAGCUUGUACCUUUCACCAGCAGAAGUUCAUCUAAUAAUAAAUAGCAAAUACUUCAGAAGUCCUUAUUUUUGUUAAAGGUCCAAAGUUACUGUAUACUACUUCACUAGUGUAGGAAUAAGGGAAUUUCUUGGGUGUUGUUCAAGCAGUGGAGAUGACCAAAUUCUAUUUUAAGGUCUAGGCUAUACUACCAGUAAUACAUAGUUGAUCUCCUUUUCAUGUGAAUAGACUACCCUUGAUCUUUGGACAAGAGUAUGAUCUUAAUAUUGUAACUUCAUUUUUCAGUUAUUUGUUCAGCCUCUUAACUGUUGCAUUCAGCAUUAGUCUUGAAAAAAUGCCUAACCGUGGGACCAGUUCUCUCCCCGCUUCUCCAUUUCCCCUACGUCUUUCUCUUGUCCCCUCUAUCUCUGCAGUAACUCCAGUUACCUUCCAUGGGCUUUAGUCCUACCUCCUGUCUGCUAAGAUUAAAUAAAUGGUUAAUUUUUAUAAAAA